AUGUCUCUGCCAAGUCGACAGACAGCGAUUGUUAACCCCCCUCCGCCAGAGUUCAUAAACACUAAGAGAAAUGGGCGGCUGACGAAUCAGCUGCAGUUCCUACAGAAAGUGGUCCUGAAGGCUCUCUGGAAGCAUCAGUUCUCCUGGCCCUUCCAGCAGCCCGUGGACGCUGUGAAACUAAAGCUGCCUGACUAUUACAGCAUCAUAAAAGCCCCAAUGGAUCUAAAUACAAUUAAGAAGCGACUGGAAAAUAAGUAUUAUGUGAAGGCUUCUGAAUGCAUAGAAGACUUCAAUACAAUGUUUUCCAACUGUUAUUUAUACAACAAGUCUGAAGAUGACAUUGUUCUCAUGGCCCAAGCUCUAGAGAAGUUAUUUAUGCAGAAAUUAUCUCAGAUGCCACAAGAAGAACAAGUUGUGGGUGGUAAGGAAAGAAUAAAGAAAGAUAUGCAACAGAAGACACCAGCUUCCUCGACCAAGGAUCAAGUCCCCUCCAAAGCAGCAUUUAAGCGGCAAGGGAUUUCUUCUGGGUUUCGUGAGCUCUCCCUCUCUCCCUUAAACAUGGGGCAUGAAGCUCCCCUCACCUCUGACUCACAGACUGUAGUCCAAAUCACAAAGGGUGUGAAGAGGAGAGCAGACACCACCACUCCGACCACUUCCACAGUUAGAGCAAGCAGCAAGUCUCCUCAGACGACCAGAGAAGCAAAGUCAAUGAGCAUUUCGGUGAGAGAGAACAUACCGAAGAGUGUUUUGCCAGACUCUCAGCAACAACACAGAGUUUUAAAGACAGUCAAAGUAACUGAACAAUUGAAGUACUGCAGUGAGAUUCUUAAAGAAAUGCUGGCCAAGAAGCAUUUGCCAUACGCGUGGCCCUUCUACAGCCCUGUGGACGCUGAUGCUCUGGGUCUCCACAACUACUAUGGCAUUGUCACAGACCCCAUGGACCUCGGGACCAUUAAGGGGAAAAUGGACAACCAAGAAUAUAAGGAUGCACAUGAAUUUGCUGCAGAUGUCAGAUUAAUGUUUAUGAACUGCUACAAAUACAACCCUCCAGAUCAUGAAGUUGUGGCAAUGGCUAGAAUGCUUCAGGAUGUUUUUGAGAUGCAUUUUGCCAAGAUUCCUGACGAACCUGUUGAGAGCACGCACGCAUAUCACCUUACAACAAGCAGUGUGAAAGCCCCCGGUAGAGAGAGCAGCAGCGCAGCCUCCUCUGAGGACUGUUCUUCUGAAGACUCCGAGGAUGAGCGAGUGCAGCACCUCGCCAAGCUUCAAGAACAGCUUAAUGCUGUUCAUCAGCAGCUACAAGUUCUGUCCCAAGUUCCAUUACGUAAGCUAAAAAAAAAGAAUGAGAAGUCUAGAAGGGCACCGAAAAGAAAAAAGGUUAAUAACAGAGAUGAAAAUACAAAGAAAAAGCUUAAACUAAUUAAACAAAAAGAAAGGCCCAAGAACAAUCAACCAAAAAAGAAGAAACCACCUUUGAAAUCUGACGAUGAAGACAACGCUAAGCCCAUGAACUAUGAUGAAAAAAGGCAGUUGAGUCUGGACAUAAACAAACUUCCUGGGGAAAAACUUGGGCGCAUAGUUCAUAUAAUACAGUCAAGGGAGCCUUCCCUGAGAAACUCCAACCCAGACGAGAUCGAGAUUGACUUUGAGACUCUGAAGGCAUCAACACUUAGAGAAUUGGAGAAGUAUGUCCUCGCUUGUCUACGGAAGCGGUCACUGAAGCCCCAAGCGAAGAAGGUCGUCCGCUCUAAGGAAGAGCUCCAUUCCCAGAAAAAACUGGAGCUGGAGAGGCGGUUGCUGGACGUCAACAACCAGCUGAACUGUAGGAAACGGCAAACAAAACGUCCAGCAAAAGCCGAGAAGCCGCAGCCCCCGCCCACGCCACCGCCACAGCCCGGGCUGGGGAGCGGGUCCCGCCUGAGUGACAGCAGCAGCAGCUGCGGUAGCAGCAGCAGCAGCAGCAGCAACGACAGCAGCAGCUCGGGGUCCGCGAGCAGCAGCAGCAACUCGAGCUCCUCUGACAGCAGCGACUCGGAACCAGAAAUAUUUCCUAAAUUUACUGACGCAAAACAGAAUGAUUUGCCUCCGAAAGAGAAUAUAAAGCAGAUACAGUUUUUUGUGCAAGACACAGCCUCUGCUGACCCUCGGCUUGCUCAGCAGGCUCCACCAUGUGCAGCACCAGGGAAGCAAUCACAGCAGGGGCAUGGCUACGAUGUGUUGGGACAUCUGCAGACCACGGAGAAGACUGUGUCUGUGCAGGCUCAGUCCCUUUCAGGUGAUUCCAAACAAGCCUGGAAUGGCCCCACUGUGGUGCGUACCUCUGCUGAGAACCCCACGAUGCUCGAGCCAGACUGCCACGCUUAUGUACAGAAGGAUAUAAAGAUCAAGAACGCGGAGUCCUGGAGAAGUUUGGGCAAGCCAGUGAGGUCAUCAAGUGCCCCAAAGUCCUCAGACGAGCUCUUCAACCAGUUCAGAAAAGCGGCAAUAGAAAAGGAAGUGAAAGCCCGGACCCAGGAGCAGCAGAUGCGGAAACACCUGGAACAGAAUCCACAGGAACCAAAAGCACCUCCAGAGAAUCAGAGGGAGCUCGGGAAUGGAUUGGCUGUAGAAUCCUCAUCACAUCAGAUGGAAACCAAGUGUCAUGGAGAAGAGAGGGAAGAACCGCAGCCAUCAGAAGCUCAAGACCAAAGCAAACUCUGGCUUCUCAAAGACCGGAACUUAGCAAGGGAGAAAGAGCAAGAGCGGAGGAGAAGAGAGGCAAUGGCGGGUACCAUUGACAUGACUCUUCAAAGCGACAUUAUGGCAAUGUUUGAAAAUAACUUUGAUUAAAAUUCAGUUUUAAAUUAACUAUCACCUUUAAAUUAAUGGUACAAAUAUUUACAAUGCACUGG